AUGAAUCCUCUUUUGUACAGACCGCCUCCUAACCCACACUUCCCAAUGAUGCCGUAUUUGCCUGGGCCUUUACCUCAGAGGCGUGACAUUCAGGAAGAAGAGGACUUAGCUAGCGUGGCAUUGCAGGUCCAGAAAAAACGUUUUUAUGUCGACGUUAAAAAAAACAGAAGAGGUAUCUUCAUGAAGAUAGCUGAAGUUGGUUCUGACGGCCGAAAAGCCAGGAUUUUGCUAACUUUGCAAGCGGCAGUGGAGAUAAAAGAUAAGCUUAAAGACCUUAUUGACGUACUCGAGGAAAUAAAGGCAAGUGAGGAAGAAAACUCCGGCACCCAGAAUUCAGAUGAGAAUAAGACUCCGGAUUCACAGCCAUCCAAUAGUUUGAUUAAAUCACAUAUAGUGAACUACCCCUAUCGACGUUAUUUUCUCGAUCUUAAGCGGAAUAAGAGGGGUCAUUUUCUAAGGUUAACGAUGCUGUCUACCUUGAACAGGAUCCAGCUUGCUAUCCCUUCACAAGGUAUGUUGGACCUGUACAACGCUAUCAACGACAUGCUCGAGAAAUGGUGGGAUGGUUCAGAAACCAGUGAAAAUAAAUCUGUAAAUUUGCCAGAAUCCAAGUCCUUAAGGUUUGACAACCGAACUCUGUAUUUCGACUCGUCUUUCAAUCGCUUUGGAGCCUAUCUUCGUAUCUCAGAAGUACGAACUGCAUCUAGAACUGCAAUAACUAUCCCAGGCCGUUCUCUCAUACGAUUCAGGGAUAUUAUUAAUGGGUUAACGGAAGACUUGUCAAAUGUGAAGAUUCACAAAAACACGGAGGAUCAACCGCCAAAUGACGAUACUCUGAAUACUCCAGACAAUACUGAAUCGAUCAAACCCCUUGUAAAUGGUGAAGUUUCGUUGCUGUACAAAACCUGAUCCUGCCUAUCAACUCAAAUAUAUUCAUAUGUUACUGCACUGAAGUCUAGCAAACAAGUAGAGAUGUUAGUUGAUCACUCACGACAGUUAUCAGCUAAUUUCAAUCACUAACAGAUCAGUUUAUUUUAACGGGUAACUCUACGAGAAACUUGUGGUUGAAUAUGAUGAACACAGACAUGAUAUAAUAAAUUUACCCGGUCAGUAAAAUUUCACCGUUUUGCAAAAAAUUAUUCAUCAUAUUUGUCUGUCAUCCUCAUUCCGUUCGUUG